CUGCUCAAAACACGUCCAGCCCAAAGCCUUAGGGCAGAAACGAAGCGGUGCCGACUGAUGGCACCAUGGUUUGCGAGGCAGCAGCCAUAUUUUCAGAUGUCCAAGGGCAAGGGCUGGGGCAAAGGCACCCAAGGGACCCAAGGGACCCAAGCGACCCAAGCGACCCACUACCACAGCCCAGGCAGCGCAGAUGGCUGGACAACUGGAACAAUUCGACGUCUUUUUGUCGGGAAAGGCUUUGGAUUUAUUUCACGUGAUGAUUUGCCAAGCAAUUCGGGUCGCGGCGAUGUGUUUUUACAUUUCUCGGAUUUGGAGGCUGGUGUAACAUCGGGCGACCUCUCUGUUGGCUUGCGCAUGAAGUUUCAAUGGGAGGCGGCCCGCGAUUCGCGCGGACCUGGCGGCCGCGCCCGGAUGGUGUCCUUUGCGGAGAGCGGCUCGCCCACAUCCGUGACUCCUGUUACGACGCCGAUCAAGCGCCGUGCUGUCCGCACUGGCAGAGUUUAUCGCAAAGAUUUGUUGCUGGCCAUGCAACAGCAGCUGCAGACAGCUGGGGAAUUCGAGGAACGAAGGCCAUUUGGCAGUCGAUCUAAGCUGGGCCCCUUGCCUUCGAAGAUCGUCUUUCCCUUCACCAUUCAGCUUCCCAAAUGGUAUUGGGACGCCGAAGACGAGCGUGCUCUUGCAGAAGCAAAUGAUGUGCAGCGCGUACAGUUCUUGGAAGCACGCUUGGACCAGGAGAACGGCGCCGAUUUGAACAACGGCGACACCUUCGGCGAGGAUUGGGCGCUCCAGAGCUGGAGCUACGAAGAUGCCGUGAGGGCCAACCGACGCCUGGCGCGACGGGCAUCCUAUCAUCCAGCGGCGCAAUGGAUGGCGCAUGAUGACAGUUUGGCGGAAUUCUUCCAGCCUCUGGUGUUGCAGUGAGGAGGAUUUGGAACCGUCCCUCCAAGCGAUUGGAGUUGUGAUGGAGCACCCCCCCUGCACAAAGGAAAUCC